UACUAAGGUGGACAAACAAUGAGGUGAUUGAGAAUGCUGCCGUGAUCUGUGUGAGAGCGUUCUGCAGCAUGAGGCGAGCUGUGUUCUGGGUGCUGCUGUCUGCGGGCGUCUGUGAGGUGCUGGGGACGGCUGAGAUCAUGAAGGACGUCACUUUGGGCUUCGGGGAAGCUCUGCAACACUGCAGGGAAGAGAGCCAGUUGAGCGAGGAGAAGAUGGAGGAGUUCUUCCACUUCUGGCGCGAGGACUUCAAGUUCGAGGACCGCGAGUUGGGCUGCGCCAUCAAGUGCAUGAGCUCCCAUUUCAAUCUGUUAACCGACUCUCACCGCAUGCACCAUGAAAAUACCGACAAGUUCAUCAAGUCUUUCCCCAAUGGCGAAGUGCUGUCGAAGCAGAUGGUAGAAAUGAUCCACGCAUGUGAGCUGCAACACGACGCCACUGAAGACCACUGUUGGAGGAUCCUUCGCGUGGCUGAAUGCUUCAAGCUGUCGUGCACCAAGCGUGGUGUGGCACCCACUAUGGAACUCCUCAUGGCUGAGUUCAUCAUGGAGGCUGACGCCUGACCGAUCUUCACCACUCUGCUCCACUCUUGACGCAGUAGCCGACGGACCUAGCUUACUAA